CAGGACGCCGCGAGGGCGGGGCCCGUAGUUCGGUUGCGCUGUGGAGCGCAGCUGUGAGGGAGUCUCUCUGAUCCGGGGCCCCGGAACCCGAGCUGGAGCUGAAGCGCAGGCUGCGGGGAGCGGUGUCCGGAGUGCAGGACUGAGUGUUCCUUCCAGCAUGUCGGAGGGGGAGUCCCAGACGGUACUCAGCAGUGGCUCAGAUGCAAAGGUAGAAUCCUCAUCCUCAGCUCCUGGCCUGACGUCAGUGUCACCUCCCGUGACCUCCACAACUUCAGCUGCCUCCCCAGAGGAGGAAGAAGAAAGUGAAGAUGAGUCUGAGAUCUUGGAAGAGUCACCUUGUGGUCGCUGGCAGAAGAGGCGAGAAGAGGUGAAUCAGCGGAAUGUACCAGGUAUUGACAGUGCAUACUUGGCCAUGGAUACAGAGGAGGGUGUAGAGGUUGUGUGGAAUGAGGUACAGUUCUCUGAGCGCAAGAACUACAAACUACAGGAGGAGAAGGUCCGUGCUGUGUUUGAUAAUCUGAUUCAGCUGGAACAUCUCAACAUUGUUAAGUUUCAUAAGUAUUGGGCCGACAUUAAAGAGAACAAGUCCAGGGUCAUUUUUAUCACAGAAUACAUGUCAUCUGGCAGUCUUAAGCAGUUUCUGAAGAAGACUAAAAAGAACCACAAGACUAUGAAUGAAAAGGCUUGGAAACGCUGGUGCACACAAAUCCUCUCUGCCUUAAGCUACCUGCACUCCUGUGACCCCCCCAUCAUCCAUGGGAACCUGACCUGUGACACCAUCUUCAUCCAGCACAACGGACUCAUCAAGAUUGGCUCUGUGGCUCCUGACACUAUCAACAAUCACGUGAAGACUUGUCGAGAAGAGCAGAAGAAUCUACACUUCUUUGCACCAGAGUAUGGAGAAGUCACUAAUGUGACAACAGCAGUGGACAUCUACUCCUUUGGGAUGUGUGCAUUGGAGAUGGCAGUGCUGGAGAUUCAGGGCAAUGGAGAGUCCUCAUAUGUGCCACAGGAAGCCAUUAGCAGUGCCAUCCAGCUUCUAGAAGACCCAUUACAGAGGGAGUUCAUUCAAAAGUGCCUGCAAUCUGAGCCUGCCCGCAGACCAACAGCCAGAGAACUUCUGUUCCACCCAGCACUGUUUGAGGUGCCCUCGCUCAAACUCCUUGCUGCCCACAGCACUGUGGGACACCAGCACAUGAUCCCAGAGAAUGCUCUGGAGGAGAUCACCAAAAACAUGGAUACCAGUGCUGUACUGGCGGAAAUCCUUGCAGGGCCAGGAAGAGAACCGAUUCAGACUUUGUACUCGCAGUCACCAGCUCUGGAAUUGGAUAAAUUCCUUGAAGAUGUCAGAAAUGGAAUCUACCCCCUGACAGCCUUUGGGCUGCCUCGGCCCCAGCAGCCACAGCAGGAGGAGGUGACAUCCCCCGUGGUGCCUCCCUCUGUCAAGACUCCAACACCUGAACCAGCUGAGGUGGAGACCCGCAAGGUGGUGCUGAUGCAGUGCAACAUUGAGUCAGUGGAGGAGGGAGUCAAACACCAUCUGACGCUUCUGUUGAAGCUGGAGGACAAACUGAACCGGCACCUGAGCUGUGACCUCAUGCCAAAUGAGAACAUCCCAGAGUUGGCAGCUGAGCUGGUGCAGCUGGGCUUCAUUAGCGAGGCUGACCAGAGCCGACUGACUUCUCUGCUAGAGGAGACUCUGAACAAGUUCAAUUUUGCCAGGAACAGCACCCUCAACUCAGCCGCUGUCACCGUCUCCUCUUAGAGCUCACUUGGGCCAGGCCCCUAAUCUGAGCUGCGGCUGUCACUAGAUGUGCGACAGCCCUCUUGACCCCCUCCCCCCAGUCAGUAUUACCCUGUGAAGCCCUGUCUCUCCUUCGGAGGGCUUUGGGGACUCCCUGGUUCUGAGCAUCAUCCUCCUCUGCUCCUUCUCUUCCUCCCCUCUGCACUUUGUUUACUUGUUUUGCACAGACGUGGGCCUGGGCCUUCUCAGCAGCCACCUUCUAGUUGGGGGCUAGUAGCUGACCUGCUGGCUCCCGCCCAGCCUAUGUGGAAAGCAGGCCCGCGGGCACUGGGAGAGCUGAAUUCUGCAAUCCCGCUGGGGCAGACGGGCGGGAGAGAAGGGUGGUGCUGCAGUGGUGGCCCUCGGGGGGCCAUUGGGUUCACCUCAGUUGCUGCUGUAAUAAAAGUCUACUUUUUGCUAA